UUCCCGUCAGACAGUAAAGAUGGCGGUUGAACAGCAUUGAAUAUUUUCUGUAAUAAGCCAUUAAAACGCGGGUAUUUUCCGACGUUUCUAUGGGGCGAAGACGCCGAGCCCUUACUUAAUAAUUACAUCGCGCGAAAUGGUGUAGAAUACGUGUAAAAUUUGUUCCAGUUUGAAGUAAUUGCGAGUCGGUAGUUUUUAUUUUUUUCGGUGUCCAUCGGUGGCGCUUACCUUGUUAUUUUAAAAUGGCUCCAGUGCAGAUUGGAUCAGAUGGGCAAUUGGUCCCUAUCGGGGGUCCCACCUCGGCCACCCAACCGCCUUCAUCCGGACCUUCGGCGACCCAAGGGGUCCGGCUGAGCCUGCUGAUUGAGUUUCUUCUGCAGAGGACCUACCAUGAAAUCACCCUGUUGGGUGAACUUCUACCCAGAAAAACAGACAUGGAACGAAAAAUCGAGAUUGUCCAGUUUUCUAGUCGGACCAGGCAGCUGUUUGUGCGUCUCCUUGCCCUGGUGAAAUGGGCCAGCAAUGCUGGGAAGGUGGAGAAGUGUGCGAUGAUCUCCAGCUUCCUGGACCAGCAGGCCUUCCUGUUUGUGGACACGGCUGAUAGGCUGGCAUCACUGGCGAGGGAUGCCCUGGUGCACGCCCGCCUGCCCAGCUUUGCCAUCCCGUUUGCCAUCGAUGUGCUCACCACUGGGUCAUACCCGCGCCUGCCCACCUGCAUAAGGGAUAAGAUCAUUCCUCCAGACCCCAUCACUAAAGUGGAGAAACAGACAACCCUGAACCAGCUCAAUCAGAUCCUGCGACAUCGUCUUGUCACAACAGACCUACCACCUCAGCUAGCCAACCUCACCGUGGUUAACGGGCGUGUGAAGUUCCGCGUGGAGGGGGAGUUUGAGGCCACUCUGACAGUGAUGGGGGAUGACCCAGAUAUUCCCUGGAGACUGUUGAAGCUGGAGAUACUGGUGGAAGACAAGGAGACUGGAGACUGCAGAGCUCUUGUCCACAGUAUGCAGGUGAACUUCAUCCAUGAGCUGGUGCAGUCGCGCCUGUUUGCAGACGAGAAACCACUGCAGGACAUGUACAGCUGCCUGCACUCUUUCUGCCUGUCUCUGCAGCUGGAGGUGCUCCACUCCCAGACCCUCAUGCUGUACCGAGAGCGCUGGGGAGACCUGGUGCAGGUGGAACGCUACAUGCCUGCCAAGUGCCUCACACUGGCCGUCUGGAACCAACAGGUCCUGGGCAGAAAGACGGGCACUGCGUCGGUCCACAAAGUCACCAUCAAGAUUGAUGAAUCAGACGGCUCCAAGCCUCUGCAGAUCUCCCAUGAUCCCCCGCUCCCCGCCUGUGACUCCAGACUGAUGGAGAGAGCCAUGAAGAUUGACCACUUGUCAGUGGAGAAGCUUUUGAUUGACAGCGUGCACGCCCGCUCUCAUCAGAAGCUGCAGGAGCUGAAAGCCAUCCUGAAGAGCAGCAACCCCAGCGACAGCUCGUUCAUAGAGACCGCUCUGCCCACCCUGGUCAUACCUAUCCUGGAGCCCUGCGGACGCUCUGAGUGCCUGCAUAUCUUCGUAGACCUGCACUCUGGGAUGUUCCAGCCCAUGCUGUAUGGGAUCGAUCAAUCCAUGCUGGACGACAUCGAGAAGACCAUCAACGACGACAUGAAGCGCAUCAUAUCCUGGCUACAGCAGCUCAAGUUUUGGUUAGGAGAGCAGAGGUGUAGACAGUCUGUGAAACACCUCCCAACUAUCUGCACAGACUUACUACACCUCUCCAACUCCGCUUCGCACCCUGCUGGCAGCCUGUCAAAACACAGGCUCUUCAUCCAGCUGACCCGCCUACCACAGUAUUACAUUGUGGUGGAGAUGCUGGACGUGCCUGGCUGUCCCACAGAGCUGCAGUACAAGUACUCCUUCCUGUCUGUGUCUCAGUUGGAAGGUGAGGAGGGACCUCCAUGCGCCCAGCUCCUGCAGCACUUCAAGCCCAACCUGGAGCAGCUCGUCCUGGACAAUUCCGCUGGCCGAGGGGCCCGCCCUGGAGCUAAGAGAAAAUUAUCAGGAGACCAGGGAGCUCUGGAGCCCAAGAAGCCCAAGCGCUCGGGGGAGAUGUCUGCCUUUAACAAGGAGCUGGCUCACCUAGUGGCCAUGUGUGACACCAACAUGCCCUUCAUAGGCCUCAGAGUGGAGCUGUCUCAGAUGGAGAUUCCCCACCAGGGUGUGCAGGUGGAGGGAGAUGGCUGCAGCCACGCCAUCCGCAUCCUCAAGAUCCCACCCAGUAAGGGUGUAGGGGAGGAGACGAGGCUGGCUUUGGAGCACUCUCUACUGGACUGCACCUUCCGUCUGCAGGGCCGGAACAACCGCACAUGGGUGGCAGAACUGGUUCUGGCCAACUGCCCACUCAACAGCACACACAGCAAAGAGCAAGCCUCUACGCGCCAUGUGUAUCUGACCUAUGAGAACCCUCUGUCUGAGCCUGUGGGAGGGAGGAAGGUGGUGGAGAUGUUCCUCAACGACUGGAGCGCCAUCAACCAGCUCUACCAGUGUGUCCUGGUGUUCUCACGAUCACUACCAGAGAUGCCUUCCUACCUGAGUCUGUUCAGUGAGAUCCGGCUGUAUAACUACCGCAAACUGGUUCUGUGUUACGGCAGCACCAAGGGCAGCUCAGUGACCAUCCAGUGGAACAGUAGCAGCCAGAGGUUCCAUCUCUCUUUAGGGACAGUAGGCCCUAACUCGGGCUGUAGUAACUGUCACAACAUUAUACUGCAUCAACUACAGGAGAUGUUCAACAAGACCCCUACUGUGGUCCAGCUACUACAGGUGCUGUCAGACACCCAGGCCCCUCUGAAUGCCAUCAACAAGCUGCCCACGGUGCCCAUGCUGGGGCUGACCCAGCGCACCAACACGGCCUACCAGUGUUUCUCCAUCCUGCCCCAGUCACCCACACACAUCCGCCUGGCCUUCCGCAACAUGUACUGCAUCGACAUCUACUGCCGCAGCCGUGGGGUGGUGGCCAUACGAGAUGGAGCCUACAGCCUCUUCGACAACACCAAGAUCGUGGAAGGCUUCUACCCCGCCCCGGGGCUCAAGACGUUCCUCAACAUGUUUGUUGACAGUAACCAGGACGCUCGGCGACGCUCCGUCAAUGAAGACGACAACCCGCCCUCGCCGGUGGGAGGCGACAUGAUGGACACCUUUAUGAACCAAUUACAGGCCCAGCAGCAGCAACAGCCAAUGAGAGGGGGUCCUGGGGGGGUGUACCCUCCCCUCACCUCCCCUCCCACCUCUUACCAUCCCAACGUGCCUACACAGUCCCCAGGUGCUCUGGACCCCAGCUCCCCCUAUGCUAGGGUGUCUCCCAGCCAGAGGGGCCAGUGGCCAGGCUCUCCCCAAGUCUCAGGGCCCUCUCCUGGGGCUCGCAUCCACGGCAUGUCCCCUGGAAACCCCUCACUCCACUCACCCACCCCCGACGCCUCACACUCCCCGCGCGCUGGCUCUAGUUCCGGGGCAAUGCCCAGCAGUAUGCCCCCGCCCCGUAAGCUACCACAGCGCUCCUGGGCUGCCUCCAUCCCCACCAUCCUCACCCACAAUGCCUUGCACGUGCUGCUGCUGCCCUCGCCCACCCCCUGCCUGGUUCCGGGCCUGGCAGGAAGUUACCUCUGCUCUCCGCUGGAGCGCUUCCUGGGCUCGGUCAUCAUGAGACGCCACCUGCAGAGGAUCAUCCAGCUAGAGCCCAACCUGUCUAUUGUGAACUCAAACGAGCCGGGUGUGAUCAUGUUCAAGACGGAGGUGUUGAAGUGUCGCGUGGCGCUUAACCCAAAGACCUACCAGACCCUGCAGCUCAAAGUAACCCCCGAGAACACUGGGCCCUGGUCACAGGAGGAGAUACAGGUCCUGGAGAAGUUCUUUGAGACUCGGGUGGCUGGCCCACCAUUCAAGUACAACACGCUGAAUGCCUUCACCAAGCUGCUGGGGGCCCCUACCAACAUCCUCAGGGACUGUGUCCGCAUCAUGAAGCUUGAACUGUUCCCUGACCAGGCCACCCAGUUAAAGUGGAAUGUCCAGUUCUGUCUGACCAUCCCCCCAGCCCCUCCCAUUGCACCCCCAGGAACCAUCGCUGUGGUGCUCAAGUCCAAAAUGCUCUUCUUCCUCCAGCUGACCCAGAGGCUGACGCUGCCCCAGGAGCCGGUCAACAUCAUUGUUCCCAUCGUAUACGACAUGGCCACAGGCCUGACCCAGCAGGCUGACAUCCCCAGACAACACUCCUCCUCUGGGGCAGCAGCACUUAUGGUCUCCAACAUCCUCAAGAGGUUCAGCGAGCUGCACCCAGCACGACAGGGUGAGUGCACUAUCUUUGCCUCAGUUCACGAGCUCAUGGCCAACCUCAACCUGCCCCCUGGUGGUCGCCAGUAGCAACCGCACCUCCCUAGCCGGAAACGGAAACGGAACCAGAACCGGAACACGACUCAAUACGGUUCCAUUCUGGAACAGGGAAAGGUUCCUUUCUGGAGUCUCAUGAACAGGAGAUGACGUGUGCCCACUGGAUUUCCUAAUGCAACAUAUCUCCUCUCUGCCUCAGCCAACUGACCUAAAACUGAUGUACAGUUAGUUAUUUUGUCAAAAAAGGGAGCAGAAUUAUGCAGAACCAUCAGUUUUUAUUCUUGAUAAAGAACACAUUAAUGACCCAAAUAAAGGAACAACUGCAGGUGUGAGUGUAUCUUGAAAGAGAGACAAGUAUUCAUUGUAAGAAGAACUUCAAAAAUAUUUUUAUUUUUUCCUCCAGAUGCACUUCUUAUCAAAGGAUUCACAAAUUCAGAAUAUAGGUGUUUACCUAAAGAUGCACAUUGUUGUAUAUUUCAGCAUUGAAAAGGAUAAUAAGCCAGUUGGAUGAGUAGGACUUUUGCUAGAGCGUGAAUUCACAUUCGUUCUUUUUUUAUAACGCAAGAUAUCAAUACUGUUGUGGUACUGGGGCUGUAUUCUAUCUUAGUACACUAUUUAAAUGUCUUAUUCCCUUGAUGUCAAACCUAGUCCCUUCCUAGUUCAAACGGGUCACUUUGAACACUGUAAAACUGUGACAAACUUUAUAAGCCAGCUGUAUUGUAUUAUGACUGCUUUUGAGUCCUGAAUGAAGAUCCAGUCUGUCUUUGAUUACUAUUUAAUAAACCAAUUUAAAAAAUGA